CAGUUGGGCAUCUGUUUCUACAGCAUAGAGAGUUUGAGAGGCUGAACCUGAAGUGAAGAUUUUUGGACAGUGUAAUUUAGGAGACGUGAUAGGCAGGGAAGACUUUUCCGUGUAACAGUAGGUUCACGAAGCAGACAACAAGCGUCUCCCAAGUCCCAUCCCCCCACGUGAUUUUACAUCACUGGAAUACAUAAAACGCUCACAAAAGACAUUUUCUCGAUUCUCUUUGUUCAACCAUAGACGCCACUGUACACUGUAAACUGCUAGAUCUAUGUUCUUCACUCACAUGAAAUCUAUUAUUUUGGAUAGAGAAUUCUAGGCGAAGAGCACAGGUGGAUGGUGGACCAUAGGUGCAUGGGCACAAUCAGUUCUGUAUUGAAGGUGAAGACAGAGUACUGACUAAUCCAAAACAAGAAAAAAAGUGAAGACAGGGUACUCUAAGCUCUAUGAAAUUUCAUACUUUUGUUUGACCACGAAGGAUCAGAAUCAUCCAGUAUGGGUAGCAGUAAGACCAUUGUUUGGUUUAGGAGGGACCUCAGAAUUGAGGACAAUCCUGCCUUAGCUGGUGCUGCUAGGGAUGGAUCUGUGUUUCCUGUCUAUAUUUGGUGCCCUAAAGAGGAAGGACAGUUUUAUCCAGGUCGAGUUUCAAGAUGGUGGCUGAAGCAAUCUCUAGCCCACUUGGAGCAGUCCCUGAAGUCCCUUGGGGCUGAACUAAUGCUGAUCAAGACUGAUAAUAUUCUUGCUACUCUUGUGGAGUGCGUCAAUGCUGUUGGGGCAACAAAAGUGGUAUUCAACCAUCUUUACGAUCCUGUUUCACUUGUUCGAGAUCGUAGCAUCAAAGAAAAACUGGGGGAGCUAGGCAUUUCUGUGCAAAGCUAUAAUGGAGAUUUGUUAUAUGAGCCAUGGGAAGUAUAUGAUGAAAGUGGACAUGCUUUUACAACCUUCGAGGCAUAUUGGAAUAAGUGCUUGCACUUGCAAAUGGAACCUGUUGCCCUUCUUCCUCCAUGGAAAUUAGUGCCAGCUGCAGGAACUGUCAAAAAUUGUUCAAUUGAGGAAUUGGGUCUUGAAGACGAAUUAGAAAAAUCUAGCAAUGCCUUAUUAGGAAGAGCGUGGUUUCCAGGUUGGAGCAAUGCUGAUAAGACUCUAACUGAAUUUGUUGAGCAGCAUCUGCUUGACUAUUCUAAAAGUAGGAUAAAGGUUGGGGAGAACUCCACAUCACUUUUGUCCCCAUAUCUUCAUCAUGGAGAACUUAGUGUGCGGAAAGUUUUCCAGUAUGUGAGAAUGAAACAGAUUUUGUGUAUAAAAGAAGGAAACUCCUUGGGAGAAGAGAGUGUGACACUUUUCCUCAGGGCCAUUGGGCUUAGAGAAUACUCCCGUUAUCUUUGUUUCAACUUCCCCUUCACGCAUGAGAGAUCAUUACUGAGCAACUUGAAAUUUUUCCCUUGGCAUGCGGACCUAGCCAAUUUUAAGGCUUGGAGACAGGGUCGGACUGGCUACCCAUUAGUUGAUGCAGGAAUGAGAGAACUUUGGGCAACUGGGUGGAUACACAAUCGAGUAAGAGUAAUUGUUUCAAGUUUUGCCGUGAAAGUUUUACUUCUUCCAUGGAAGUGGGGGAUGAAGUAUUUCUGGGACACACUUUUGGAUGCAGACUUAGAAAGUGAUAUCCUUGGUUGGCAGUAUAUCUCAGGGAGCUUGCCAGAUGGCCAUGAGCUUGAGCGAUUGGACAGCCCAGAGAUUGAGGGCUCCAAAUUCGAUCCGGAGGGUGAAUAUGUGAGGCAUUGGCUGCCUGAACUAGCACGGAUGCCAACUGAGUGGAUUCAUCACCCUUGGGAUGCACCCUUUAGUGUGCUCAAAGCUUCAGGGGUAGAGUUGGGAUUAAACUAUCCAAAACCUAUAAUUGAGAUAGAUUUGGCUAGAGAACGUUUGACUGAAGCUAUAUUCAGAAUGUGGGAAAUAGAAGCAGCUGCUAGGGCCGCAAACGCAAAUGGCACGAAUGAAGUUGUUGUUGAUAAUUCUGAUGGUACUGAACAUUUGGCCAUUCCAAAGGUUCUCUUAAAGGUAAAGAGUCCUUGUCCUACUACUUCAUCAAAUGAUCAGAGGGUGCCCACAAUUCAAAAUUCAAAGAAUCAUCCAUCCAAUAGGAAGAGAUCUAAAUCUAUGGAAGAGGAAAAACCAAAGCCACUCCUACUAAAUAAUCUGCAUAAGCUUAACGGUGAAGGUGGGACCUCGAGAGCAGAUGAAGACGUAUGCUCUACGGCUGAAUCUUCAUCGGUUAAGAAGAAAACCACCAGUAGAAACUCUUUUUCUGUUCCUCAGGCGUGUCUGUCAUCAGAAGAAAGGUAUUUUCCAGAUUGUGAGUCUUCUGACUUGAAGCAGCCAAGGCAAGAGCAGAUUGACAUGGAACAGAUUUCAAGCAAAGAUGGGAAGGGAGACAUCCCUCCGCCACCGAGUAGUUCUGUUAUUUAGGAGCAAUUGGAGGGCCUUGCCAUUCACAUUCAUAAAUUCACAGGCAACCGUAAUGUUGACCAGAGAAAGAGAGGAGCGCCGCCGUUUGGUAUAAUUAUGUUCUUUGUAUGGCUACUUGAAGGUGUAUAUAAUAUAUAUACUAGUGACUCUCAAAUUAUGUAUCCCCCAUUUUCCCCAAAAGCCAUUGUGGAUAAGCGUUUGUAUCUUUUAGUUAAGAAUAGGCUUCAAACAUGUGUUUUUUGAUACAGAUGUAGUCAUUUUCAUGACGAUUUUGUGAAGAACUAGUGUUAGUACUA